AUAACUUACAUCAUUAGUGGACAUUAGCGCUCGGCAGAGGACAAAACAUGUUGGCCAGGGCUCAAGUCGCGAAAUUGACCAGAGCCCAUAUCUCGCAUAGGCGGUAUUUUGGGCCUGUAUCUAGUGCCGUCUACUAAGGUUCACCUAUAUAUGUCAUCCGGACAGCGUAAGGCGAAUUCCAGUAAGUCCUGGCGAGCGCGAACAUUUAGCAUUUCGACUUCGGCUCCCGCGCGAGUUUAUGCCCGGAAAUCAUUCAGGGACCUUAUUAUAUGUCAUAUGAUAACAUUUCGGCAGUCUAGGGCAUUGGACACACGCAGUCCCUAGGGACUUGCCGGAGUGGUACCCGCGUGUCCAUACUGUAGUGGAAGCGGCUCAGUAUGGCUAACUCGCAAGCCCUUGACACUUCCACAUAAGCCAAUUCUCGUCGUAUGUCCCGAAGCUUGGGUCCGGUCAUCUGAUGGCUGGUGCGCUGAUCAAGGCGCUGGUCGGGCGGGGCCACUCAGCGCAUCGACCUUCGGCCGCGUCUGUCAGAUGAAGACCGGAUCCAGCGCUGUCGGACAUUCCGACCUCGCACCUUGCAAUUACGAUAAACAUUGUUAUGGAAAGCUUGAUAUUUAAGUCAUCGCGCAAAGUUCAAGCUAUACUUCUCUGAACUUUGACUUAUAUUGCGAACUCCUCGGUGAAUGGUGCUAGCCAGUAAACGCGAAGCUUCACGAAAUGUCGGGCACGUCCAGUGUCCUGUGGACGCUUCUGGCAACUUGCACGCUCGUGCAACUUGCCAGCGGUGACCUCGCCUCCAACGCGGGCUCGGUGACCGACGGCCUCAACCGCUGCGCACCGCCGGCGCGCGAGCGGCUGGCUCCGCUGGCGCUGCGCGGCACGCUGCUGGUGACCGCGGCGGAUGGGCCGCUGUGGUCCUUCUUCGGCUGCAGCUGGGUGGGGGCGGUGCGGCAGGCGGGCAUACGCUACUGGCUGGUGGCGCCCACGGACGCGGCGGCGGCGGCUGCUGUGGAGCGGGAGGGGUAUGCGGCGGGAGGGCGCUGCAUCCUGGGCGGUGCCGCGGCGCAAGAGGCGUCACAGGCGGCUGGAGGAGGCGGGGGAGGCGGAGGAGCAGUCAACAGCGGCAAUAUGAGCGGCAGCACUGAGGGCUAUGUGUGGCAGAGCAACGCGUGGAAGCGGGCCACAUGGGCCAAAGUGGGUGUGGUGGCGGUGCUGGUGCGGCUGGGCUUCCACGUGCUGUACAGCGACAUAGACGUCAGCUGGGCCGCAGACCCCCUGGGGGGUGGCGGGGCGGGGGCGGCGGGGCGGGGGCCAGGGGGGCGGGUGGUGGCGGUGCAGCAGAGGCUGCCGCAACCGCAGCCACAACCGCAGCCGCAGCCGCAUGUGGGGGUGGGGGCGGGGGCGGCUGCUGUGCGCGGCCCCACCCUGCUGUCGUUCGUGCUGCUCCUGGACCAGCUGGCGACCAUGAGCGGCGGCACCAGUGACAGUGGCAGCAGCAGCAGUGGCAGCGGGGCUGGGGCGGGUGCGGGUGCUGGGGACUGGCGGCAGCUGCUGCCUGCUGCGCUGUUCUCCACAGACAUGCUCACCACCACAAACCCCCCGCCGCCGCCAGAGGAGGAGGAGGAGGCUUGGGGCGUGGGGGCGGCUGAUGCAGCGGGGCCACAGGGGGCUGCAGGGGCAGGGGCAGGGGCAGGCCUCGACAGGGCGGGCGCGGCUGGGGCGGUGGCGGACCCGGGUGUGGAGCUGGCGGGCAGUCCGCACCAGGGCCUCAACACAGGCGUCUACUUUGUUCGUGCGGGGCCGGCGGGUUCCGAGCUCAUGCGCAGUUGGCUGGCGGUCAAGCAGGCCGGCUUCAGCGGCCACGACCAGCAGGCGCUCAACCUGCUGCUGCGCGGCGACGUGGUGGCGGCCUGGGGCGGACACCCGCUGCCCACAGGCUACGUCCGCAACAACGCCUCAGCCACGGCCGCAGCCUCCACGGCCGCCGCCGCCGGCGGGGCUCUGGGCCCGGGCCGGCUGCUGGGGGUGCCGCGGCAGGUGAGCCGCCGGCAGGCGGAGGAGGCGACAGCAGAGGUGGCGGCGGCAGUGGCGGCGGCAGUGGCAGGGCAGACGGCGAAGGCGGGUCAGGGGCACGGAGGUCGUGGCGUGCCGGGCUCGGCAUCGGGCUGGGCCUCGGGCUGGGCCGGCCCUGGCCUGCUGGAUCAGGGUUUGGAUCCGGCGGCGGCACGUGCCCACACGCUGCGGCUCAUGUCCGCACUGUACGAGGCGGCGGGCGUGCCGGGCGUGCCGGGGGCGGCGGCGGGGCCGGUGGGGCCGGAGGGGCCGGGAGGCGGCUGGGGUGUGGUUUUGGGCUGCCUGCCGGUGUCGUCCUGGAGCCACACCUACGCCUUCGCCACCACCCGGCUGCACCAGGUCCGGCGGCACCCGCUGUACGAGGUCCACUGGGUGUGGGGCGGCAAGACUCUGGAGAGCAAGCGCGCCAACAUGCGCGACGUGCUCGCCUACUGGGACACACCCCAGUACUACUAUCACCACCCCUACCCCCACCACAGCCCCAGGCAGCAGCAGCAGCAGCAGCAGGGGGAGGAGGAGGAGGCGGGCCGCCUGCAGGGGACAGCAGCAGCAGCAGCAGCAGCAGCGCCGGCCAGUGGCAGGGGCCUGCUGACCUUCGAGUUGGAGUACCCCGAGCUGCCGCCCGGCUACAACUCCUGGCCCGAGGCCCGCACCGAGGACAUGGUGGCCACCCACCUGCACAGCCUCAACAGCCAGCUGCAGCAGACCUACUGGGCCUUCGUGUUGGCUCUGGCGCUCAACCGCACAUUGGUGCUGCCGCGGUUCCGCUGCGCCUGCGCCCGCAACUGGUACAAGACCACCGCCUGCCGCAUCACCGCCGAGCGCGUCACCACCUUCCCCUUCGACUGCCCGCUCAGCCACGUGCUGCGCGCCAAGCUGCUGGCGGAGGGCCAACUGCUGCGGCUGCAGGAGCCGGGGGCAGGGGCGGGGCCGGGGGAGUCAGAGGGGGCUGGCGGCGGCGUCGGAGGGGGCUGGCGGGUGCUGGAGGUGCGCGAGCGCUCCUUCCUGGACAACCCGCGUACGGCAUACCACUUACGGCACUCGCGGCGCACCGUGCUACGGCUGGCCGGCGGCGGCCAGCGGGGCGACAGCGGCGGCGGCGGCGGCGGCCAGCACUACACGUCACGGCCCACCGCGGCGCUGCUGCCUGUGGGCUCGGCGGCGCAGCAGGCGGCUGUGGGUCUGGGUCUGGCUGUGGCUCUGGCCGCACCGCUGAGCUACCUGGGCCUGCAGCGCGCGCUGCUGCCCCGGCUGGCGGCACUGCAGGACGCGGGGGAGGGGGAGGGGGGCGAGGGCCCAGGGGCGGCGGCGGCGGCGAGCUCAGGCCCCGUGGCCCCUCCUCGCCCUCCUCCGGGCGGCUGGGUGCUGCACGUGCCCCGCCCCGCCUCGCUGGUGACGGGCUGGGCGGAGGCGGGGGAGGCGGGCGCGGCGGAGGCGGAGGCGGCGGGCGCGGUGUUUGACUCGGGCCUGCGCCGCGUGGCCGCCACCUGGUGCUGCCGCGCCUCGGGCUCGGGCCUGCCGCGCCGGGAGCAGCUGCAGCCGCUGCCGCCCGCCAGGCGCCGGGGGGCACAGCAGGGCGCGCAGCUGGCGGGGCACGGAGGCACGGGGGAGGGGAGAGGCGGCGCAGAUGGCGGGGUGGCGGGCGUCGGGUAGGAGGCAGGGCGUCUGCAGCGGCGUGCGGCCGUGAGGGGCAGCAGGUGACGGCAGAUGGAUGCGGAGUGCAGGUUGAGGUGCAGCGCAAGUGCAGGGAGAGGAUCGAGGCAGUGGAGAUCUAGGACAAGCAAGAGCAGAGGGGAUGAAAGACGAGUUCCCGUUGUGAUGGCUGAAAUCCCGACCCGCCAAUCCCACAAGGCUAGGCAGGGCAGAAGUCGCAACUCGCAAAGCAUGUGCGCGGUUACUUGGGUGGUAGCGGGGCUGUGUGGCAGUGUGGGAAUGAUGCCUGAGCGCU